AUGCCUUCCCUCAAAUACGCCAUUCCUUCUUUUACCGUUUUAAUCUCUUUCUUUUUUAACUGGCACAAUUUAAUUCUUUCUUUCUUUCUUUCUUUCUUUCUUUCUUUCUUUCUUUCUUUCUUUCUUUCUUACGCUUUUUACGUUUUAUACUCUUUCUUUUUCCGUGCGCAUUUUAGCUUUCUUUCUUUCUUUUUUUUUUUUUUUUACACUUUUUAUAUUUUUCUCUGUUUCUUUUUCCGUGAUCAUGUUUGUUUGUUUGUGUCUUUCUUUCUUUCUUUCUUUCUUUCUUUCUUUCUUUCUUUCUUUCUUUCUUUCUUUCAUUCUUUCUUUCUUUCUUUCUUACGCUCUCAUAUUUUUCUUUCUUUAUUUAAUCUUUCUUUAUUUUCUUGCAACUUUUCGCCGACAAUUAAGCCUUCCCUCGUCCGCACUCUUUUCCAGCCUCAAUUUCGGUGUCGCAUCACGUCUUCCCCCGACCUCCUAAGCCGCUUCUUCACUCGCAGCGAAUGCGUAGUAAUCUAA